AUGGGCACUAUAUCUGCGACCUUGGACCUUGCUCAAGCUUAUCCUUACCAUACCAUUACCGCCUCGCUCUUCUUCAUACUCGUCGUAAACGCACUCUUUUUCCGAAAGCGGGCGAGCAGCCUUCCUCUCCCUCCAGGACCCAAGGGCUUUCCCCUCAUUGGGAAUAUCUUCGAUAUCCCAACAGAUAAGCCGUGGUUGGUCUACAACGAAUGGGCAAAGAUCUAUGGCGAUAUGAUCUACUUCAAGGUUCUGGGACAGCCCUUCCUCGUCCUCCAUACCCUGGAGAGAACCUACGACAUCUUUGAAAAGAGAUCCUCGAACUACUCAGACCGUGCACGGAUGCCCAUGAUUCUCGAGCUAAUGAACUGGGAUUAUAACAUGGCGUUGCUACCCUACGGUACGUGGUGGCGUCGUCAUCGACGAGCUUUCCACGAGCAUUUCCAUCCCGGAGUUGUGGCGAAGUACCAGCCAAUACAAAGUCGCGAAGCGAGGGGAUUUUUAUAUCGUCUUCUCGUCUCUCCAGAGAACUUCAGGCAUCACAUCAGACAUGCCUUCGCAGCUACCAUCAUGAGCAUUGCAUACGGAAUUACCGUGAAGGAGUCCAACGAUCCAUACAUCUUGAACGCCGAGGAAGCUUUGGAGGGAUUGUCUGAGGCUGGUGUUCCAGGACGCUUCUUGGUCGACCUCAUUCCAGUUCUCAAGUACGUCCCGAAAUGGUUUCCUGGAGCCAACUUUAAGCGCAAGGCUGCGAGAUGGCGGAAAGUGAACGUGGAUGUAGCUCAGAAGCCGUUCUAUUAUGUGAAGGACCAGAUGACGAAGGGAACCGCUGUACCCUCGUUGGCCGCGACAUUGAUCGACCGUUUGCCAGGUGAUAAUGAUCCAUCACGUCGUGAAGAAGAGAAGAUUGCUCAAGACACCGCUGCCGUUGCAUAUGUAGGCGGGGCCGAUACGACUGUAUCUGCUGUGCAAUCGUUCUUCCUAGCCAUGGCAAUGUACCCCGAAGUGCAGACGAAAGCCCAAGCCGAGAUUGACCAAGUCGUUGGCUGGAAUCGCCUUCCGGAGUUCAGCGAUCGACCUUCGCUUCCCUACAUUAACGCCCUCGUCAAGGAAUCGAUGCGAUGGCAGCUGGUCACACCACUCGCUGUAGGACAUAUGUGCUCGAGGGAUGACGAGUAUAAUGGAUAUUUCAUUCCAAAGGGAACUAUCGUCGUCGGGAAUUCCUGGGCUAUCCUUCAUGAUCCAACUGUCUUCUCAGACCCUCUUGAGUACCAGCCCGAGCGCUAUCUCAAGGAUGGACGGUUAGAUCCGAAUGCUAGAAACCCUGAUGUCGCAGCAUUCGGGUUCGGUCGACGAAUCUGCGCAGGGAGACACAUGAGCGACAACUCACUAUAUGCCAUCGUAUCUUCUGUUCUCGCUGUCUACGACAUCAGACCUCCUCUCGACGAUGAGGGGAACCCUAUCCAACUCAAAGCAGAAGUUACGAGUGGUCUAUUAUCAUAUCCGGUUCCGUUCAAGUGCACCAUCAAACCUCGAUCACCUGCUGCUGAGGCCCUUAUUCGUGACAGCUUUGAGGGAGAUCGUUAG